AUGCAAUGGCGAGCCUUCACAACGUCUGUCGCCAGACUCAAUCAUAGCGCGACAGCCAAACCAUCUGCAGUACUGCGAUGUGCCCAGAUCCUUCAAUCUGGCCGGCAAGAUGGGCCCUGCCGCUUUGAAGACCAGGAGAUUAAGGUUAAUGGCUUCAUUCGUUCCAUUCGCAAACAAAAGAAAAUUGCUUUUGCCGGGGUCUCGGAUGGCUCUACAGUUGAAUUAUUACAGGUUCUUCUAAAACCAGAGCAUGCAGCCGAUCUAUCCGCAGGUUCUGCAGUCACAAUGACCGGAAUAUGGAAAGCUUCCCCACCAGGCAAAUCGCAGACCCAUGAGCUACAAGUAACUGAUGUGGAAAUGGCUGGCGCAAUGGACCCAGAGACAUAUCCCAUCCAAGCGAAAUACCAAACCCCCGAUUUCUUGCGCCAGAUUCCUCAUCUCCGCCUUCGAACGCCGCUAAACUCGAUGCUUGCCCGCUUCCGUUCCGAAUGUCUAUUCCAGCUGGGGAACGUCUUUCAUUCCUACCCCAAUGGAAGCUUUGCACAAGUGCAACCGCCGAUAAUUACCUCCUCUGACUGUGAAGGAGCGGGCGAAACAUUCACCUUGAUUCCGCGUGGUGCCACCGCUGAUACCGAGGCCGACCACUUCUUCCGGUCACCAAAGUACCUCACGGUGUCGUCUCAACUACAUCUCGAGGCCUAUGCCGCAGAGCUUGGGAAUGUCUGGACAUUGACACCUGUGUUCCGGGCGGAAAAGAGUGAUACACCUCGCCACCUGAGUGAAUUCUAUAUGCUAGAGGCGGAAGCCAACUUCAUGUCGGAUUUGGAUGCGCUCACCGAGCAGGUGGAGUAUCUGCUUCGUGAUUUGACACGCAGGCUGUACGAUACCACUGCUGGUCAAGAUGUCUUGUCCUUUAACCGAUCUGUUGAUGGGAAAAGAUCCGACCCCGAGGCAGAGGUGAAUCUACGCCAACGGUGGUCCGCCUUGAUGGACGGCCCUAAAUGGCACCGUGUUACGUAUACCAAAGCUAUAGAAAUGCUCCAACGGGCAGUCACCGAAGAUGGUGCCUCAUUCGAACACCCUGCCACUUGGGAUGGGGGCCUUCAGCUUGAACAUGAAAAGUAUAUUGUGGAGGUUCUGUUCCAAGGCACUCCUGUCUUCGUCACCGAUUAUCCGAAAGCCGUCAAACCAUUCUACACGGCUCCUUCAACUGGCAAUGGAAACGGGGAGGUUAGCGCUCCAGGAGAGACUGUUGCGUGUUUCGAUCUACUGUUCCCGGAGGUCAGUGAGGUCGCUGGUGGCUCUCUGCGUGAGCACCGCCUGCCCAACCUUAUUGAGAACAUGCGCCGUCAUGGUCUGAUUAAACCUCGAGUUAUUGAUCCCGAGAAUGUGCCCACAGAGCCACUCUACCCCUACCUCUCUACGACCGAGGACCUCAGCCAUCUUCAGUGGUAUGCGGAUCUUCGACGAUGGGGCUCGGUGCCUCAUGGAGGCUUCGGCCUUGGCUUUGAUCGGUUCUUGGGCUACUUAUCGGGUGUUUCUAGCGUCCGAGAUACUGUAGCAUUCCCACGGUACUUUGGCCGGGCCGACUGCUAA